GCGUGUCCCGGUCCGAUACUCAGCGUCCUGUUUGUCUCCGCAGCAACGAUUUCAGUCAGAUGGUGGCGGAGGAAUAUCUCAGCAACUUCCACUUCAGCGGUUUGACCAUCGAUCAGGCGCUCAGGACGUUUCUGAGUCGCUUCGCUCUGAUGGGAGAGACGCAGGAGAGAGAGAGAGUCCUCGCUCAGUUCUCCAGGAGGUACAGACAGUGUAACCCCGAGAGUCUCACCGCCGCCACCGAAGACAGCGUCCACACUCUGACCUGCGCCGUCAUGUUGCUGAACACGGACCUUCAUGGAAACGUGAGUCUCAUUUUAACAUUUCAUAUAAAAUAUCUUUUUUUAACCCUUUCAAACAAGGACAGACAUCACUUGGCUCCGAUAAUCAUCCGGACCGAUAAUCUGUCGACCCUGAUCACUAACAGCUGA